UUGGGGGUUUCUGACUUCCUGCCAGCUGGGUGUGUCAGCGAGGUGCUUCUUGCUGGAGCCCUGUUUGGAACUUCCACCUCACCAUGGUGCCAGGGGAGGGAACCCUGAAGUAAUCAGAUCUGGUCAGAUGUAGAGGUGGCCCUCCAGGCCCUCUGAUUGGGCCAAGCUGACAUCCAGAGCUUUGGACACUCAGGAAGGACAGCUCAGGGCCUGUCCCUGGGGCACUUUCACCUGAGGGACAGACCAACUGUUCUCUUCCCAAACUCCCCAUGACCGAUGGACCUCCUGGAUCUGAGACCUCAAAGGCCCUUCUUCUGUCAACCACCACCAUGAUAACAAGGCUAACAGUCACUGAAUUCUAUGAUCCAGCCACUUGAUUUAAUUUAAGCAUUUGAUUUUCACAACUUCCUAUAAGGACGACGGUGAGCUCGACCCCCUGACACGUGAGCUGGUCCAGGCCAGCAGCAGGAGGGAGCCUGAUGAGCGCCCAGAGCGCCCAGGCAGAUGCCGCCCCCAGAGAGGAGCCAGGGAAGCCCCGCCCGGACGCCGGCGGGCCGCGCCCCGGGCCGACUGCCGGGCCUGCCGUCGCCCGCGCUGUUCUGCGCCUGCGGCCUGUGCGUGCUGCUGGCGGGGGUGAACGUGACGUUGGUGGGCGCCUUCGCCUCCUUCCCGCCUGGGCACAACGCGCCCCUCAUCGUGGGGCCGGCGCUGCUCCUGCUGGCGCUCGGCUUCUUCGCGGCCUGCUGCGCGUGUAGCCGCCGGGGCCCCGGGCCCCGCACGCGCUCGGGAGUGGCCGCGGGCCCAGGCCAGGGCGGCGGCAGCGCGGGGCGGGUGGCCCUGGAGAUGGAGAGCAGCGAGCGCACGGCGCAGGACACCACGGCGGUGCAGCUCAGCCCCGCCGCCUCGGCCGCCUCCUCGGGCCGCUCCAGCCCUGGCUCCGGGCCCUUCUCCCUGGACGCCCCCGAGCCCGCCGUCCUCUACACGCCACGCACCAAAGGGGUCCGGCUCAACAUGCCCCGGGAGCGCGUCGCCCCCUAGCGGACCGGGCGCCUGGCCUUGAGGCCCCUGUCCGGUUCCCUCGCUUCAGUGCCCUUUAAGGAAAAAGGAGGAGUCGAAAGAAAGAAAAGAAAAAGGAAUUUUUAGUACGGGUCGGGGGCCGGGCACAGGUGUUCUCAUCUGUUCCAUCUCUGGAACCGCUGAAGAGGUGAGAAGGGUCGAUGGUGUCAAGUUACAUCCCCCAAAGGAGGGAGCAGUACCUUGGCUCUUUAGGUGGGGUUUGCUGGGUCCUGCUUACCCCACUCCCCAGACUUGAUGACACUGGAUCCCUGGGCCUUCCAGCCCUGGCACCACCGCUGCCCGUGGCAUUUGGGCGCUGUGAAGGGAGCCACUCUGAGGGGGGCUAACUGCCAGCAAGGCCUGUGACCCCAGGGGAUGGAAGAGAGGGGGAGACAGGAAUGUCAGCCUGGGUGUUCUGAUGCUGCACGCUGCGAUGGGCUGCCAGCUCCCCCUCCUCCCCUUCCUCCCCUUGUCUCUACCCCAACAUGACCUUUCGGGAUUAAGGGGAGAGGGGUCCUGAUUUGAGCCAGCAUAGUCCCUAAGGUAGAUCUGGGUUGGGCACACUCCACCCCUUCUGCCAACUAGAGCAGGGGGGUGAGGAGGGGCCCACGAGUGGUGAGAAGCCUCCUCCGACCCUGAAGGUCUCAGUGUGAUCCUCACCAAGCAUUCCCAAUGUGCCUCGCUUUUCAAUAAAGCACCUUUGGAGUCAAGUCCUCUGUGGAGUGCAGCCUGGGAGGGAGGAGCUGACUAUGGGGCCUCUUGGCUGAGCACCCUGGACUCUGGAGUCAUCCCAGCCUCUGGCCAGGGCUUCAUCAUCACGGCACCAGCCCCUCCUGGAGACCUGGAAGGAGGCCCCAGGGGAGAGGAGAGUGUGACUGAACAAAAGACCAUCUGAGACUGUGGGUGCCUGUGAAGGUCCGUGAGAGCAGGUGUGUCAGAUGGGGGCUGGAUGAACAUGUGAGUGUGCCUGUGGGUGACAGUACCUGGCUACGUGGAUGAGAUGAGGAGGGUGGGAGUUUGGGUGACACUGUUUGACAUAACAC